UUUGGCUAAAGUUUACUGGUAUUCGCCUUGACCAUUACAUAACUGCUUGGUAACCAUGUCUCAACCUCCAGUUCGUGUGUCUCCGCUUAUCAAAUUCGGCAGAUGGUCGUUGCUCCUGGUCGGCAUUGCUUAUGGCGCAGCUCAUCAGAGCCGGUUAUCCAAGAAGGAGGAGAAGGUGCGUGCUAUUGAGGCGCAACAGAAAGCAGUUCGUGAUGCCAAGAUAGCCGAGGAGAAGAAGCGUAGUGCCGACGCCGAGGCGAAGGCUUUGGCUGAACUUUCAAAGCCAACUCCCAAGUAGACUCUUUAAACCAAACCACGUACACAUGUUAUACAUAAUUCGUUAAGUCCAGAACAGCAACGGCUCCAGCAGCAAACAAAAUUAUUUAAUGUUCUAGCCGAAAGAACACACAUCAAUAGCAGCUAAGGACAGUGGUAUCAUAUGCUUUCAGUCUUAAACAGUCGUUCUUGUGUGUUUUCCUACAAGUUUCUUUAAAAUGUAUGCUAGUGCAAACUAAAUGAAUGACACUACAUUAUGUAAAACA